AUGAAGAUCGCCAUCAUUGGCGGCGGUAUUGCUGGAUGCGCGGCGUACCUGGAGUUACAGAAGCAUCUGCCGAUGUCUGGAGCAUCUAACCCUCACGAGAUUGUCAUUUAUGAGCCAUACGACAUCGGUCUAGAUAUAACAGCUGACCGGAGGCUAGAGGGUUCUACACAUUCAUCGACCCUCCUCGUGGGUGGCGGAUUGGGUGUUGCUCCUAAUGGCUUGAGGGUUCUAAAACGUUUGGAUGAAGAGCUACUGCAAGAUGUUUCCCGAGUGGGAUACGUGACAAAUACUUCGAAUAUGAAGACUAAGAACUCCUGGCCAUUAUUCUCCAUGAGCAGCUCAUGCUCAGAUAAUGAUACCGAAAACCCUCGAACUCUGCACACGGUUGCCACUAGUCGCCACGCCUUUUGGCGAGCUUUGUGUGCACGCGUUCCCCCCAAACACAUUGUGAAAAAGAGGAUCUGUAAAAUUCAAACUGAUCCUUGUGGGAGGAACACUAUUUAUUUCGCUGAUGGAACUCUUUCCGUGGACGCCGAUUUGGUGAUUGGCGCGGACGGGGUCAAGAGUACGACGAAAAGGGCGCUUUUCCCCGAGGCCGGCGCAGAUCCAUAUCCUCCACAUUACGAAGGUCUAGUCGGAGUCGGCGGUUUCAUAUCCUCAGCCGGAAUCAAAGAGCUUGUUGAGCCAGGAUCCAUGAAUUUCAUAUUCGGAGUAAAUGUCUUUUUUGGCUACUUUUUCUCCGAAAGUGCCGAAUCUGCCCCCAAAAAAGACUCGCCAUAUGAUGUAUCUGACCCCGGUGAAUCGCUGGCUUGGUGGUCCACAUAUGAGAUCGAGAAAUGCCCGACUCGUGAAACGCUAGACAUGGAAGAUGUUACCAGACAGUUGCGCGAAAGGCAUGCAAACUGGAGAGAACCCGUCGUUCAAAGGAUCAUUCAAUCCCUUCACGUUGAAAAAAUGUAUCCGACUUGGACUUCCCCCUCUCUUCCAACAUGGGGGCGCGAUGGUGUUAUCCUCAUCGGAGACGCGGCACACGCACUCCCUCCCAGUUCCGGCCAAGGGUCUUCGCAGGCUUUGGAAGACGCAGAGGCUCUUGCUUUGUUUCUAGCACACUAUCUACGCAACGGUUCUGGCGACGAGAGCGAAGAUGUCGCUCUGUCUUGCAAGCGAGUAAUCAACGCAGCGGCAAAAUCGUACACGACCAUUCGUCAGCCACGUGUGAAGGGAAUUAUGGAUUUUGCACAAAAGACCCAAAAUGGCAAACGUGAAAUGGGGGUACUCAAGGAGUACUCGAUUUACGGUUUCAUGAAAAUCAUGGGGCUAUUCCCCAAUUUGAUGACUGGCCAGAUUCGCAAAAUUGUGGAGUAUGACAUUGCUGAUCAGGUUUCGCAUUUUCUUGGCUCUAAACAAUGA